UGAGAAAAGGGAAAAUAUCGAGCUCAGGCCAAAUUUGAUGUGGCUUGCGAAAAUCCAUGAAACUGGCACCGCUUUCCUGCUUCGAUUUCCCAUCUUUUUCUUUAUGCCGCGUAUUCCUCGCAUAGUUCCGUGGACAGACUACCACGAAUUCGAGCAAGUUUAUCAUUGGCUUCAUGCUGAUGUGGACGAAUGCCCAGAAUUAGUACAGCGAGGCAUCGAUCGGGUCAAAGCCUGGACCAGCCGAGGAAAACUUCCUAGAGCCGUUGAAAGUACGGCUGCCUUUGUGCAAGUUCAACUACGUGAUCAUAGCGGGCUUGGCGGCAGCUGGCUUUCACAUCAAGAGUUGCGUCUCAUGUAUGCGAUGGCCAUCGUAAGAUUCGUUAAUGGCAUGGUUGAUCCUGAGCAGACAGGCAGUUUUGCUGUAUCUAUUGCUGGAUUAGCCGAUCGACUUGGUUUGCCUCUUUGGUUUGUCGAACUUCGUCAUGCCGGCACUCACGAACACUUGCCUAGUCUUGCUGUAUUACGAUCUGCCAGCCAAAAGGCUAUCGACUGGUUACACGACUCUUUCUGGUCAGCGUCCAUAAAGCCGGAAGGCUACGCGGUGGUGGAUCCUAAAGUCAUGGACACUAUUAGAUCGUUGGUCAGCAACUAUAAAGACGCAAGAAAAUCAUAUCUGAAGGACCUCAAAGCAUCGGCAAAUUCAAACCGAGGGAUUUACAUUUCUGCUAUACAAAAGAUAAUUCACAGCAUUUCACCUGAAAUUAUCCGCGAUGGUGUGAUACCGCUGCUGCUCAAUGUUGGAGGCCUGGUGCCUGUAGGGAAAAAAAAGCAUGCUACAUUAGACCAUUUAUCCGUCUCGGAUGAUUUGAUCCAACUGUGGACACCGUUACUCAAAGAAUUGGAUAAAGCGUUUCCUGGCUUUGGUAAUGACUUGAUCGCAGCGAUAGUACAAACAAUCGGAGUUCAAGACUCAUUUACUCUGGACGAAAAGUUUAUUCAACCGAGGCCUAUGUUUCUGAAUUCCUUUGUGGAGCCGUUGAAUAGCCCUACCCACAGCGCCAGCUAUCUACUAACAUUAGCUUGUUGGUUAAAGUAUUUCGUCAAAGAAUGCAAUACCCUCGAUUGCACCUUUGAAGACGUUUUGGUUGACGAUAUCUUGGAAUUAUGUCUGCGCAAACCAACUUAUUACACGCGUAUUGUUUUGAACACGAUUUUAAGCAACCAACCUGAACUUGCAGAGUCCCUUAAGCCUUUCUUACGAUACAUCGACCUCCUGUUAAGGAAUAGUCAGAGCCCUGUACGUUUCCAAGCAUGUGAAAAUGUUAAUCGUUACGAGAUUGUUUAUAUGAUGAUUAGGAGACUUCACAAAUGGCACAUGGAACAGAGGAUCAGUUACAGCAAGAAUUAGAAAAUCUCGCCAAUCAAAUGGUUUCUCUGAAACAGAAGACAAACUUUGCAUCCUCUGAUGCGUCCGCAUCCGAAGAAACUUGCACUUGGAGAAUAUAUGAUGCUGACCAAUGGAACGCCUGUCCUAUUGGCUGUCUACCUGACGGAAAGAUUCCCGUUCUCGAUCUACCGAUGACUGAACAACAGGUCUCACGGUAAAAAAAUUCAUGCACUUUAGAAGUAAGCAACAUUUUGUACAUCAUCUUUCAGUAUAGACUUCCAUUCGAUCAUAAUACACUUUUACAAACUCGAAAUUGCAUCAGAGUUGUCA